UAUCACUCACUCCUCAUCACAAACACAAAGAAAUCACUUCCUAAACUCUCUCAUGGCUGCUAAACCUAGUUUUGUGGUUGCAUACGCUGUCAUGUUCAUGCUUAUGGUGGCUUCUCCCACAGUGAGAUCUCGACCUCUCAUGAAACCAACCGUUGGUGCACCUUCUCCUUCCACGAGCCUUGUGUACCGUCUCAGGCUUGAUGAAGAAACAGGUUACUGCUGGGACUCACUGAUGCAGCUCCAACACUGCUCUGGAGAGCUGAUCUUGUUCUUCCUCAACGGUGAGACUUACAUCGGUCCUGGGUGUUGCAGUGCUAUAAGAACCGUUGGACGCAAGUGUUGGACUACUAUGAUUGGUGUUCUUGGUUUCACUCCUCAAGAAGGUGAUGUUCUCCAAGGUUACUGUGAUGACGACCAAGACUCUGACAAGAUUGGUGAUGAACAUGCUCUUGCCUCCUCAACGCUGCCUUUGUCCCAUAAGUUCAAGCCUAGUACUGUUGUUAGAUCUUCUAACCCUUGAAUCCAGAGCUUAUGUUUAUCUUAUUAUAACAGAAACUUUAUAUUAUGUAAUAAGAGAGUGCUGUUGAGAGAGAAAUAGCUUCUCUGUUAUUACUCAAGAAUAAAAGAUUGUUACUCA